GCUAUAAGCUGUAUCACGAUGAGCACAACAACACAGGCUAUACUUCAGCCAAAUGUGUUUUAAAUAAAUGGAAGUAUUGACAGCAGUCAUUGAUUUAUGGGCCUGCAGUUUUCUAUGUUUACGAUGAUGUAACUCUGCUGAAUCUGGAUGUGAUCACUAUCAUGGAAUAUAAUGAAAAACUUGCCCGCUUUCGUCAGGGUCACGUCAACCCUUUCGACAGGACUGAGAUUGACAGCAGCUCAGAGGGAAAAUAUCCUCCACAACACGAUUUUUGCUGUUAGACCAUAGCACACAUUUGAAUUAAAACAAUUCUGCAAAGAAGACAACUGUUUGUCAGUUGGUUUGUCAACUGUUGGUCACUGCUCUGGGUGUGUUCACGAGGUGAGGUCAGAGAUAUUUUCCUCUGAAUCCAAAGCUCAAAGUUCAGACCGUGCCAUGGACCUCGGCUUGGCUGAAGACCACUUCUCUCGACCUGUGGGCUCAUUUGUGGAAUCUGAUAUAGAGAAUCUGAAACAGGCCAUAGAGGAGUGCAAGAGACUGAUACUAGAACUGCCGGAACAUUCUGAGAAACAAAAGGAUACAGUGGUCAAACUCAUUCACCUCCGACUCAAGCUGCAAGAGUUAAAGGAUCCAGAGGAAGACGAGCCUAACCUGCAAGUUGUGUUAGAGCAUCGCUUCUCAAAGGAAAAGAGCAAGAGUGUCAAACAGAUGUGUGACAAGUGCAGCACCCUUAUAUGGGGUCUUAUUCAGACCUGGUACACCUGCUCAGGUUGUUAUUACCGCUGCCAUAGCAAGUGCAUGAAUCUCAUCACGAAACCGUGUGUGAGGUCAAAGGUCAGCCACCAGUCUGAGUAUGAACUCAACAUUUGUCCUGAGGUUGGUCUAGACAAACAGGACUAUAGAUGUGGAGAAUGCCGAACACCUAUUUCUCUACGAGGCAUCCCCAGUGAGGCGCGGCAGUGUGACUAUACGGGUCAGUAUUACUGCAGCAGCUGCCACUGGAAUGACACAGCUAUUAUUCCAGCUCGAGUUAUACACAACUGGGAGUUUGAGCCCCGCAAGGUGUGUCGUUCAUCCAUGCGCUAUCUGACUCUGAUGAUGUCCAGACCUGUGCUCAGACUGAAGGAGAUAAACCCUCUGCUCUUUAAUUUUGUGGAAGAAUUGGUGGAAAUCAGAAAGUUACGUCAAGACAUCUUACUCAUGAAGCCAUAUUUCAUCACCUGUAAGGAGGCCAUGGAGGAUCGACUACUGCUGCAGCUUCAGGACCGCCAGCACUUUGUUGAGAAUGAUGACAUGUACAGUUUACAGGACCUGAUUGACACCUCCAGCGGGCGUCUCAGUUGCUCCCUCACUGAGAUUCACACAACCUUUGCCAAACAUAUAAAACUGGAUUGUGAGAAAUGCCAAGCCAAAGGUUUUAUGUGUGAACUGUGUAAAGAGGGUGAUAUUCUCUUUCCAUUUGACAGUCACACCUCUGUCUGUCAUGAAUGCACUGCUGUUUUCCACAGGGAUUGUUACUAUGAUAACUCUACUACAUGUCCACGCUGUGUGAGAAUGCUGGAACGCAAACAUGAGGAGUCUCUGAACCCAUAGAUGAGCCUGAUGAAUCAACCAGGUCACAAACAUCCUCGCAGCCAAACUUUUGUCCUUAGUCGUGUGUUCUCUGUGCUGUGAUCUACAGUUUAUUUAUUCUUGAGGAUUGAAUCUUGUCAAGGUCUGCACUGAAGGAAGUGUUACAGUACUCAGUCUUUGUUUUGUUAUAGUUCAUGUUUAGUGGAAUUUCCCUAGAAAGCACUUAUAGACUAUAAUAUUCUUCAACAUGACUUAUUAUAUAAGAUCAACCACUUUUAAUCUACUCAUUCAUUUGUGGAGAACCACUGGUCAAAUUAUGUCCAAAAUCCCAAUAACCCCAUUUGUACUGCGAAUGUGCAAAUGUCAUUUCUGGAAUGUCAGAAACAUCAGAAAAUGAAAUGUUCUGUACUACAAUUAUAAUUAUUUGUUGUAAAAUAAUAUAUAAUUAUCAUGUUAUUAUGAAUUGUCGACCUGGAACCGUAUUUUUUUCCAGAAAUAUGUGGAUCAUUACAUAAAGCACAAAUUAAACCACUUGGAACAAUCACCACUCUUUUAUUUCUGUUAUUUGUUUUUGUUACAGAGAUAACCGCAGGGCUCGUAAAGAGAGCUGCUAUUCCCUUGUCAGAAUGAAAAAAUAGUUUUUUACUGUUAUUUUCUUGCAACACGCAUACAGAUGAAGACACAUUUCUGAUCCAUGUUUUAAUGCGUUAUUAACAACUACAGUUUGGUUCCUGAACACCAAGGCUAACCACAAACACACCUGACCAAGCUAAUCAAAGUAUUCAGGACGACUUGAAAAUGAUAAACAGGUGUUUUGGAUAUGGGUUGGAACUGAACUAUACAGCUCACUUCCCCUGAGUUGACUAGCCCUGCCGUAGUCACUGCCUAGAUUUUUUCAAAAUGUGCUUGUUAAUACCUGCGUUUUUCGAAAGUUGAUUCAGGAUAGAACUCAACUGUUAUUCCCAUAAAUGAAUGAACUGCGUGUGUACAGAACAGGAAUAAGCAAGAUGAAGCAAAGACUAAAUACAGCUGCAGUCUGUACGUAUUCAGAAUUAUUAAAGCUGCAUUCCGUUACUUGCUUCUCUAUCGCUAUCUCGGUUGAAAACAUAAAACUGCAGAUUUCUUGCGAAGUUAAAUUCUUUACACGAGUUGUACUUCGGCCUUUGCUGCUUUGAUGAAUGUGAUCAUAUUGGUUGUCUGUGAUCACUACAUCAGAAUGGAUCUGUCAUCAUAUAUAGACAUGUAAGUAAGAGGUCAGUCCUAUAAGUCAGCUGAUAAAAUGUCACCUGAACAAGUAAUAAAUCUGCCAUUUCUGUUUUGUCCGAAUGAAAUGUGUUUUGAAAUAAAUUAUGUUACUAGUG